AUGCACUCGACUGGUGCCAUAUACCUGGUAGUAAACAAUCUGCCUUGCAAUGAAAGAUACAAGCCAGAGAACACACUUCUCGUAGGAUUGAUGCCUGGCCCGAAGGAACCCAAAUCCAAAGAGAUAAACCAUUAUCUCCAGCCUAUGGUAGAUGAUCUGAUAAGAUUGUAUGAGGGACUGGCAAUCUCAACUUUCGAGUGUCCUAGUGGUGUCCGCGUCCAUGCUGCAUUGAUGAUGGUGGCCUGUAACAUCCUGGCAGCAAGAAAGACAAGUGAUUUCACCUCGCACAACAGUACAUGCGCAUGUUACAAGUGCAACAGACAUUUCCCUUGCUUGGAAAACGGUGUCAAUGUUGACUUUCGUGGGUUUGACUUCUCUCGGUGGGUGCUUUGUGACGGUGUAGAGAACAGGUUGCAUGCUGAGGAGUGGGAAAGUGCUAGUACCCCCUCAGAAAGGCAUCGGCUGGAGGUCGAAAAUGGUGUUCGAUGGUCGCAGUUGCAUUGCCUUGGAUACCUUGAUCUAGUACGUGGAACGAUCAUUGAUCCCAUGCAUAAUUUAUUCCUGGGA